ACCUCGGUGGUCUGUAAGGAAAAAAAGCUGCAUUGCCCUGUUAAAAGAGGAAACCACCAUAUUUUCAAAAUGAGCAAAUAUAAUCUUCCCUACCUAUUCAAAAGACAAUUUAUUGACCUGUUGGCAGUUUGUGAGCUGCCUCUGAAUGAACCCUGCAAUGCAAAUAAAACAAGGAUAGGAUGCACACUACAAGACUGCUGCUUCUUCAUGGAUGCCUGCUAUCAAAAGACUGUUCCAGGCCACAUAAUUGUGUUUUAUAGCUUGAUCGCUGUACUCAUAAUCUUAUUUUGGAUACUUCUAGGAUUUUGGUUUUACAACUACAGAAAACAAAAGCAAAAGCUUGCUGAUAUUGAGAAUGAAAAUCGUCCAGAUGAAAUAGGCACUAGCAGUAAAACUCAGGAAAAAGGAAACCAGGCUGAAACCAGUCACGUGAAAGAAUGCAGGGAUGAAACAGACACCAGCCAUGUAAUGCAGGAAAGAGAAGACCAAACUGAAACCAGUCAGGUGGAAGAAUGCAGUGAUGAAACAGAUACCAGCAGUAUAACCCAGGAGAAGGAAGAUCAAGCUUUCGCCAGUCAUGUGGAAGAAUACAAUGAAAAGACAGCUAUUGCCACAGCUAGAAAUGCAUCAGAGAUGGAAAAAAGGAGUGAUAAUAUCAACGCUGCAGAAAAGAAGACAGGUCCAACAGCUACUGACACAGCUAGAAAUACAUCAGAGAUGGAAAAAAUGCGUGAUGAUAUCAAAGCUGCAGAAAAGAAGACUGGUCAAACAGCUAUUGCCACAGCUAGAAAUACAACAAAGAUGGGAAAAAAGCAUGAUGAUAUCAAAACUGCAGAAAAAAAGACUAGUCGAACAGAAAAUACUGCUGACAAUACAGACAAGCAAAGAUCCCUGCCCCCAGAAGCAACUUGGGUAGUGGCGCUAGAAGAAGUGUUCAAGACUUUCUUGCAACAGCUGGCAUCGAUCCAGAGGCAAUUUACUGAAAAUGACUUGGGCUGAAACACUUGAUGGAGUUGGAGUAUUGCGCUACAAAAGGAGUU